AUGGCACCCGAUAUCGCGAUUGUGGGUGGUGGCCCGUGUGGCCUUGCCCUUGCCGCCAUGCUCGAACAGCAGGGUAUCGACUACGUUGUCUAUGAACGCAGUGCAGAGAACACUCCCCCUCGAGGCGGAUGCUUAGACAUUCAUCGCAGUAGCGGCCAAAUCGUUCUCAAAAAAGCAGGGUGCUUUGAAGAAUUCAAGAAAUAUGCGCGAGGAGGUUAUGCCACCAUACACUGCCUGUUUGAUCAUAAAGGGAACAAGGUCACUACGUUCGGCGAAGGGCGCGACUCGCCCGAGAUUGACCGCGCGCAGUUGCGCCAAGUCAUGCUUUCCUCGAUCGCAAAAGAGAAAGUCCGUUGGUCGACUUAUGUCAAAAGCUCUUCCAGGAAUGAAAACGGAGACGUUAUUCUCGAGUUUGAGGAUGGCACUAUCGCCUCGGGAUUCAAACUUGUUGUCGGGGCUGACGGCUUGCGCAGCAAGAUCCGACACUUAGUGACACAAGCAGAACCAAAAUACGCGGGCAUUCUAUUCCUCACGUUAUUUAUCCAACCCGGUAAUCCAUAUCACUCCACCCUGGAGCAGCUUGCCGGCCAGGGGCCGAUGAUCUUCUGUGGGAAAGGCAAAAAGAUCUGGAUCCAACGGCAAGGUGAUGGGCAUUACCGAAUGGACUUUGGAUGGAAGGGGCCUGCAGACUUCCCAUGUGCGGGUGAGGUCGACCUAUCGGACGAGGAUUCUGUCAAAGACCUCCUUCUUCGGGAGGAAUACUUCGGUUGCUUUACGGAAGUUGUCCACGAAAUCAUUCGAAACUCCACUGGACCCUUCCGAACUUGGCCCUUGUAUUAUUUCCCAGUAGAGCACCUGAACUGGCAGACUUCGCCAGGUGUGACUUUGGUUGGAGAUGCGGCACAUGUUACUACACCCUUUGUCGGAGACGGAGUCAACUGUGCCAUGCGCAAUGCGUUGGUUUUGGCUCAGAAGAUACGGGACUGGGGUAUAACUCAAGAAGCUGUUAUGGCAUAUGAGCAAGAGAUGUUUCCCUAUGCGCAGGACGUGAUUACUCGGAGUGUGGCUGCCGGGGAGUUGUUCUUUGCAUGGGAUAGUCCCAAGGGUUUCCUGGAAAAUAUGGCCUCUCCCAACCGCCUUGUUCGGGAUGAGGGGGAUUAUUAA